CCCGCCCCGGCCCCGCCGGAGCUGCGGCGAGGCGGCUGCCCGCGCCGCGGGGGUAACGGGGGGAGCGGGGCCGCUGCUGCGGCGUUCGGAGGCGGGGGGAGCUGCGGCGGAGCGGGCCCCCCGGCCCCGGCGCCAUGGAGCGGUACGAGAAGCUGGGGAAGGUCGGGGAGGGCUCCUACGGCGUCGUCUUCAGGUGCCGCAACAAGGACACCGGCCAGAUCGUGGCCAUUAAGAAGUUCCUGGAGUCCGAGGAGGACCCGGUGAUCAGGAAGAUCGCCCUGCGGGAGAUCCGCAUGCUGAAGCAACUGAAACACCCCAACCUGGUGAACCUGCUGGAAGUGUUCAGGAGGAAGCGGAGGCUGCAUCUGGUCUUUGAAUACUGUGACCACACAGUUCUCCAUGAGCUGGACAAGCACCCCCAAGGAGUGCCGGAGCAUCUAGUGAAGAGCAUAACAUGGCAGACCCUCCAAGCUGUGAACUUCUGCCAUAAACACAAUUGCAUCCACCGAGAUGUAAAGCCAGAAAACAUCCUGAUAACAAAGCACUCGGUCAUCAAACUUUGUGACUUCGGAUUUGCUCGCAUACUGACUGGUCCGAGUGAUUAUUACACAGACUAUGUGGCUACCAGGUGGUACCGCUCUCCGGAGCUGCUUGUGGGAGACACCCAGUACGGCCCUCCCGUGGACGUGUGGGCCAUAGGCUGCGUCUUUGCAGAGCUGCUCUCCGGGGCCCCUCUGUGGCCGGGCAAGUCUGAUGUUGACCAGCUGUACCUCAUCCGGAGAACCCUGGGGGAUCUCAUUCCCAGGCACCAGCAGGUGUUCAGCACCAACCAGUUCUUCAGCGGAGUAAGAAUUCCAGACCCAGAGAGCAUGGAGCCGUUAGAGAUGAAAUUCCCUCAUAUUUCAUACUCUGCUUUAGCUCUCAUGAAGGGCUGCCUUCGCCUGGACCCUGCAGAGAGGCAGACCUGUGAGCAGCUGCUGCAGCAUCCCUAUUUUGACAGCAUUAGGGAGGCAACAGAUCUGGGGAAAGAACAUGGAAAAACGGCUCAGAAACCAGCCAGGCUGGCUCGGAAGCACGUGCCAGGGUUACAGUACCUGCCUCAGUUAACCAGCAGUAACGUUCGGCCGGCUUUGGAGAGCAAGAAGUACUGCUGCAAAACAAGGAAAUCAAACUACCACUUCCCCAACAUCUAACCAGAUGGCAGAUUAAAAUUUAAAUUUACUGUUCAAAGUUCAAGUCAUUCAGAAUUUAUAAAAGGAGGCUACAUGGUGGAAAACUAAAUACAUCUUGUGACGUAUACAAAAGUGGUCUGUAAAGUAACGUACUCUGGGUCGGGAAGGGAAGUGAUGCACAGAGGGAACUCCGAGCUCGUGUUAGUCAGUGUUCUGUGUACAAAGGAAAAUACAUUUAUUUUGCUUUAAUUUGUGAUUGUCUACUGGUUCGUGAUUGUGUACUGGUUCAGGAUUACCACAACCCUGUGUUUACAGCGUGAAUUUAAAAACUCUGGCCGAUCUCCCACCCGCAUUUCAGACUUGGCAGAACGACUGCAGCCUUGCCAAAUAAUUCGGGGUCCCGCUGUGUCAAACAGCAGAGGCGCUUUAGGCUGGGGCUGUCACGGAUCCCGCGAGGAACAGCGGGCGCGGACACGGGGCUCUGCGGGGCGGUAGAUACGAGUCUCACCUACUGCAUUUACAGAUCACAAAGUAUUAGAAGUACUGGUAGUGACUUAAACUUAACGGAAGGCUCCGCUGGCACUGUUACCAGCAGAACAUUUUAAUAAUAAACCCGGUUGUUUCUUUGGGCUUUUCAGAGGUUCAUCUGCCUGUUGCUUCCUUGCAUUAGGAGGUGGGGUUUUUUUCUUGCAGUUUCUGUCGAUAGUGAAGUCACUUGCCUGUAGCGUUACAGAAAUUGUUUUUAUCAAAAAGAAUUCAUUAAUAUAAUUUAUAACAUUGGCCAGACACAGGCAGGAAUUCUACCUAAGUAUAUGUAUUAGAAUGAUUCUUGAGUUUUGUGGAAUCUCAGGAUGUAAUAUUGUGUUGAUUUUGAAUAAAAGAAACGUAGCUUGUUUUUCCAAUUUACUGGGUGUGUUUUACUGUAUAGUUUUACUACUGGGCAAGCAACAUCCCCUUUCGACUUGAAAACUAGAGCACAAACCUUUUUUUUUUUUUUUUCCAGGAGCGUUCAGUGUUCUACAAGAGUUAAAGCAAUUUCAAUGGGACAUACGCCAUAUCCUCACAGAGCGUGCCUGUCUACCUUUUAUUUCAUAUUAUAACUGAUUUUUCAUCUCAAACACCGUGUCCGUAGGUGGUUUGGGUUACGCUCAGGAAGCUCUGUGUUUCCUGUUGGGCCACUCGGGCCCCUAACGCUGCGCACGCAGCGCCUGCGACGCGGGGGGUGGCCGGGCAGCCAGCUCCUGGGCACGGCCUCCGGGGAAUGUCACUUCUCUGCAGCGUCCCCAGGAGGCACCAAGAAGAAUCAGCCCCGUGCCACAGCCACGUUAUCGCUCCCGGCGCCCGGCCUCGCUCCCUUCAGAGGACGAGAGACGAGACUGUUACGCAGCGGUAGCCGUGUCCAAGACAUUACUCUGAAACCUGCUUUCCCGGGGUCGCUGCCUACCGCCUUUCUCGCCCCUGCCAGCCAAGCCUGGAAUUUCACUAAAAAUGCUGUAUUCUUCCUCAGGAUGAGUCAUUCUCUAAUUUCACAGGAGCGAUAUGGAUGCAGCUAGAGGAACACAGAACUGAUUCAGCCCGUCAGCAUGCAGCAAAAACAUGUGCAAGGGCCUAAGAGACCUGCUCCUGCUCAAACACAGCAGCGCUCAGCUCGGUGUUUACCAGGCCAGGCUGCCUCUCUGGGGUCGGCUCCGUUCCAAACAAGCGAAGGCCACGUCAAGAACAGAAAAAAGGCCCACAAACUGUUUUAUUCAAUCAGGACCCACUGACUGGGCGAGAUUCUUGGGGAGUAAGCAGCUCUCACCAACAACCUGCAAUGCAAGCGUACAGCACCACCGCUUCGCUCACCGCCGUUCCGCCCACUGUCGUUUUGCACAAUUUCUGUGCCGUAAAAUAUCUGAAAACUUCUAACUGAUGUAUUAACAGCUUCCAAAAAAACACAACAAAAA